AUGAGUUAUCUACAAGUAAUAUCGGAUUCUGUAGUAGCAAAUAUUACUGAAACCUUGAGGCACUUGCAAGUAUUGGCACUCUGCUACUGUUUUGGUGAGACAUCCUCACUAAGCUUUAAGUGCCAUAUGCCAAAUUUGAGGAAAUUGAAACUUGAAAGGGUGGCGCCAUGGAUGAACAAUGAUGAUUUGGUUAUUCUGACUCAGAAUUGUACGAAUUUGAUUGAGCUUUCAUUGCUAGAAUGCGCACUUCUUAACACGGAAUCCCAAGAUAUCAUUUCAAGUGGUUGGCCAGGCUUGGUUUCUAUACAUCUAGAGGACUGUGGAGAAGUGACGAUCAAUGGUGUUACCUCACUUUUUGACUGUUCAGCCCUUGAGGAUCUGUUACUGCGUCAUAAUGGUGAUGGAAUUUCAAGAAAUUUUAUUCUUGAUGCUGCCUCAAAGAUGCCAAUGCUUCGAAAAGUGUUGCUUGAUAUGUGCGAUUCAAGGGAUGGUGACUUUGACAUUCCAACUUUCAAUAUAAUUUUCUGCCUUGAAUCCAUUCCGGUGUCCCUCUUCUCUCCCUUUAUGUCUAGACUUCAGAUUGGAUGGUAUAUCCUGACUAUUGUGGAGUUGCUUCAGUAUGCUGACAGGUACUUCUUGAGUGUGGUGACGAUAGCAAGAUGUAAGCUUCAAAGGUUCACCUUAGACCUCCAAAAGGUGGAGGCUUGCAGAAAGCCAGUGCAUAAGGAGACCUUACUACUCGUGUGGGACAGCAAAGUUCUCACAAAAACAGUCGUGAAGGAAAGAGUAUAG